AUGGCUCCAGGAACUAGACGCGCAAAUCGCAGUGGCUACGUUGAGCACGACGAUUUCGAAGGUCUUCCCGUCCGACAAUGGCGCCACGAAUGGGUCAACGUCGCGCCUCCGGUCCAGCAAGAGCAGCAGCAGCAGAAUGACAUCUGGGCCAUCGAACUCAUCCACGGCAUGCCCAAGGACGCGACUCUACUGCCUCCCCAUACGCAGGAGCUGCUGCGCGCUGCGCGUUCCGGUCGCCUCUACAAACGACCACAUCCUAGCGAAGACGACGAGGCAGAUGGCGAAACAGCCAUCCAGGAUAAGCCAGAGAAGAAGGAGGAGGACGCGAGCGCCCAGGGCUAUCAGAUAAGGAUCUGGAAGCAGCUGCCUAAGAAUGUGGAGGCACCGGGCAUCUCGCACCUUGCGAAGCGGAGGAAGAAUAUCGUUACCAUAGCGAGUCGGACCGUGGAGGAGAAGGUCCAAGGACCUACGGUGACGCGGGCCACGGUCAGGAGGAUGGACGCAGCCGGAAAUCCUUACACGGAAGAAGUCACACUGUCAGAGGGCCAGCGUGUGGAAGGCGAAGUCAUUGCGACCAGAGUCGAGGCCAUCGCCGCGCCACAGCAAAAUGCCUUUGCAGCCCCGCCACCAUCGGCAGUCAGGAGACGACCACCGCCGCCCAAGAGAAAAGCAAAGGCUGGACCUGGAAGAGGCAAGAAGAAGAUUAAGCAGCCGCUUUCAACAGAACCGCAGACUGCUGGAGCUGCUCCCGCCGCAGGAGCUGGAGCCGCCGUAACAACGAUCAAGACGGAGGCCAAAGACUUGCUCACACCCACACCGAACGAGAGCGAAGCGCGGAACCCAGACAGCGAGAUGGGUGACGUUGAUGGCGACGAUGACGAUGAAGAAGAAGAAGAAGGUGACGACGGCGAUGAGGGCGAGGAUGGAGAUGAAGGCGAAGGCGACGAGACUGAGCUGCAAGACGAAUCAAUCCUCGACGUCACCAGAGAUCAAGACGAGGAAAUGGUUGAUGCUUCGCAUAUAAUUGAUCACCCCGACACCGAAAUGAAGGAUGAGCAGCCGGCACCAUCAGAGCCUGCCCCCAAGGAGCCCUCGCCUCUUCCGCCACCAAGCAUCCCGGCGCUUGAAGAGCCAUUGGAACGCCCAACUUCUGUACCGCUCAAACAAGAAGACACACCGCCUAGGAAUCCUGUCAUUGUGCCGUCGCCAUCUGAGCCAUCGGUAGUUGCCGAGCCUGCAGCAGAAACGAUUCAACUUAUGCUGGAUGCGCUCCCCGAUAACACGGCGGACUCCACCAUCGCUGAACCCCCUUCGACAAUCGUCGGAGAGGCCCCUCAGGAGGCCAUGGAUCGUGACGUGCCACAGGCUGAGGAUCUGCCUCCUCCUGACCAAGUGGGCAACAUCUCCAGCCCAAAGACUGAGGAUGAAAACUCUCGAAUUUCUGAGGGAACGCCCAAGGGACAAACGAGCAGCCAACCGGAUAUCAAUAUCCAAAAACCGGUAUUGUUGCAUACACUAUCUACCAUGACGGAAGAUACCAUCAAGCCAGAGGACUCGGUCUCAGUAACGGCACCUUUACCUGAAUCGGAGGCACCUUCAGAGGUUGGAAAUGUGUCGAUAGAUGACGCAAAGGAGGAAACUGCCCCCGCUAACACUGUGGCAGAAUCCACCGAACCAGAGCUGACAGCUCCCGAGGUCGAUGGUGACACCCAUAUGACUCAGGAGAAUGAGCCAGAUCUGCUCGGUGGCUUGAUGGGAGAGCUGGAUCGUCAGGCGGCAGCAUCACAGCUGUUGGAUGAAGCUAUGCCGAGCACCGCACCCACCGCUGAGGUCAAACCCGAGAGCCCUGCCGAACCGACACUGCCUGAGGUUCCAGAGCCGGCACCUGAAGCUGCACCACCCGUCACCGAAGAGGCCCCCGAACCUGCUCCGGAGUCUGAGCAGCAGCCAGAGCCCGAAUCAAAGCCGGAGCUAGAAUUGGAGCCUGAACCUAAAGCUGAACCAGAGUCCGAGCCUGUGGUAGAAUCUGAGCCUGUGGCAGAGUCCGAACCUGUGGUAGAAUCCGAGCCUGUUGCAGAAACUGAACCUGUGACAGAAUCCGAGCCUAUUGCAGAACCCGAGCCUGUGGCUGAACCUGAACCUGAACCCAAAGCCGAGGCAGAGCCCGAGUCUGAAUCUCUACCUGUACCCGCACCAGAGGAGCAACCCAAAGAGGAGCUAUCACCUCCAGUGAAAACAGAGCCUUCUGCUGCAGAAGAGGAGAAGGAAGAGGAGAAGGAAGACCCGCCCGCCAACGCGUAG